CGUCCAGGGCAAAGCCCCGAAACGGACUUACCCUGAACUCACCAUCACAUUUAACAAAACAGACGUGCAAGGUUGUUAGCAUAUUGUUUUACACCUGGAAAUGUUUUAGUCAAGAACACACUGAAUAUUUGCUUAGAACUUGUUUUUCACACCACAGACGUUAACACAAUGAAGGAAUGCUGAAUCAUGAGCGAGAAGUGCUGAAAUGAAUGGACAGCAAAUAUCCUACAAAUCGCCGUGACACUGACAUGAAUGAGCCAAAACGCCGAUGAAGGAGGAGACAAGUGUGAACUCUUCCCUCUUUCCCGUGUUUCCUAAAGGACGGUGUUCCGUUAUCACCCAUUCGUCACGUUUCUAACGCCCCCUCCACCCCGCCUCCUUUGUGAAGAAAAAAAAAAUCGAGGAGGAGGAGGGUGAGGAAAAAAUGAAGUCAAUUAUACAACACCCCAUCUCUGUUCAGCUCCCUCCUCUUCUCGUCUGCACUGUACUAUUACUACUACAGCUGGCGGCUCACAUGCGCGGCGGCGCUCCGUAGCCUUCACCGGGCACACCGGCUCCAGUCUGUAGGUAUGUCGGCCGGUGGCUCAGAUGGGACGGCGGACCAGCCGGCAGGUCCCACUGCGGAGGAUGAAGGCCCCAGUCAAGGAGGGUCCUCGCUGCCAGCUGUCGAGCUGCCAAGGAAACGAAAGGGAGAUGUGGAAGAGAGGUCAGACAUCCAUGUACAGCAAAGCGUCGACGUCCAGAUGGAUGAUGACCUCAGCAGAUCUGAAGGGGAGGAUCAGCAAGUCAAAAUGAAAUGCUUCAGGAAGCCUCACAGCCAGAUUGAGAAGCGACGGAGGGAUAAAAUGAACAAUCUCAUUGACGAGUUGUCUGCCAUGAUUCCUGCCUGUCAGCCCAUGGCUCGAAAACUUGACAAACUCACUGUGCUACGGAAGGCUGUGCAACACCUGAAAACCCUUAAAGCUGGAACAAGCAGCGCCUUUACAGACACCAUCUACAAGCCUUCCAUCCUGCCUCAUGAUGACCUCAGGCACCUUCUGCUCAGGGCCGCAGACGGUUUCCUGUUAGUUGUAAGUUGUGACCGGGCGAAAAUCCUGUUCAUCUCAGAGUCCGUUUCCAAGAUCCUCAACUUUAGCCGAUUGGAGCUGACUGCGCAGAGCUUGUUUGAUUUCAUCCACCCCAAAGACAUCAACAAGGUGAAGGAACAACUGGCGUCUUCGGAGCUGUACCCUCGCCAACGCCUCAUUGAUGCUGCAACUGGGGUUCAGGUGCAGGCGGAUGCUCCCGUCAAGCCGUCUCACUUGACCACUGGAGCUCGGCGAUCCUUCUUCUGCCGGAUGAAGCACAGUCGGGUGGCAGGGAAGCACGAGGACAAACACUCACUGCCCAGUACUUCCAAAAAGAAAGAGACUUACAGAUACUGUACCCUCCACUGCACUGGAUACAUGCGGAGUUGGCCGAGCAGCCAGCUGGACUCAGAGGGUGACACUGAGAGGGAAACCUCAAACCUGACCUGCUUAGUAACGGUGUGCCGCCUCCUCCCUCACGUGUCCCACCAGCCUUCCAAAGACAUUGACAUCAGGCCAACCGAGUUUGUCACCCGCUGCGCGAUUGACGGCAAGUUCACUUUUGUAGACCAACGAGCCACAACAGUUAUCGGUUAUUUGCCACAGGAAAUUCUCGGCACGUCGUGUUAUGAGUACUUCCACCAGGACGACCUGCAGCACCUUGCAGAGAAACACAGGCAAGCUCUUCGAAGCAAAGAGAAGACUGAGACGUCGUGCUACAAGUUCAAAACAAAAUAUGGCUCCUAUAUUUCACUCCAAAGUCAGUGGUUUAGCUUCACAAAUCCGUGGACCAAAGAAGUUGAGUUUAUCGUGUCUUUAAACAGGGUUAUCUCGGGGACCGGUCACACAAAAGAUGAGGAGGCAGGCAGCUCGAAAGCAAUUCAGGAAGACACAAAGCAAAUACCUGUAAUUCCUGGCAUUUCCAGUGGUGCUGGCACAAUGAUCUACGCUGGCAGUAUAGGGACCCAAAUUGCAAAUGAGCUCAUUGACACUUACAGCAGGAUGAACUCCUCUCCAUCAAGCGGAGCUUCCAGUCCGUUCGGCCCAGCCCAGGAGAAAUGUCCACUGGUUUCUCCACAAACCAGCAGGAGUGCAUCCAGCAGAGAGGAGGCAGCAGGCAGUUCAUCACAGUCCCAGUCUGACUCGGGGACGGCGGCGGGUACUAGCAGCGCAACUUCUGAAAGCACAGGUGAGCCAUCACAGCUCGAUUUGGACAGCAUGGUGGUGCCAGGGCUGAGCAGCUUCAGCAGUGACGAGGCAGCCAUGGCGGUCAUCAUGAGCUUGCUGGAGACCGAUGUAAACAUGGGUCAGUCAGGGGACUUUGAGGACUUACACUGGCCUUUCUAGAGGGCACACAGACUAUCAGCCCUUCUCACAUUCUCUUGUGCCGUUUUCUUGCCAUUUGCCAAGGACUUGGCUGUUUUCAUUCUGGGACCGACUGAUCAGACCUUGCACAAUUGAACCCACUGGACUUGUACUAAAGGCUGCAACAUUACGCCCUCGAGGAAGCCUUGCAGAUAGAAGACCAAGUGAAGAGGAAUUAUUAUGGCUAACCUGUUGGUCCCACUAGCUCUUGCCUGAAUGAAAAUGAGAUUCAAGUUUCCCCUGAGCCUGUGGGGAUUCAGUGUCUUCCUCAGUGACACAUCAACAUCCUCAGAGGGGCUAAAAGCCAGACUUUCCACAGCAGAGUGAUCUACAUAGGAGAAUCAGUCUCCUGCCAUGUGCAGUGCUGCUAUAGAAACUCCUCAAACCUUUGACAGUUGCAAAACCUUUCGGUAUCCAGUGAUGACUUAUGUGCUUUUUGUAUCAUGACUGUUCCAUUUUUUUUACUCUGUUUUUGUAAAGAUCCCCUCAUGAAAAAAUACUCUGCUGAGUAAUGUUUGUACAAUAAGCACUGAAGAAGUCUGAAAAGAAUGUCUGCCCCUUUUCUCCCUUAAGAAUUAUAGACUUAUUUAGUAAGGAAAUAUGGAGAUGCCUUCACACCACACCCACCAAAGCUAGUUUUCAAGUUACACUCUGUUUGAAAGACUUUAGGGAGCACGGCACCACAAACCACAUUUACUGUAUCAUUUAGACCUGAUGAUUUUUAAUCAUGUCUCUAUGUUAAAUUAUUUAGAAAGCAGGUCUGAUUUUGUCAGCACUCUGCAACCGUCAUAGAAUCAUCUGAGCACUGAGUGAGUGCACAUUCAGAACUGGUUAUCAAAUAAUUAUUUGACUUUAUACCGUUCAAAAAUUAUUGUGUCCAAAAGAUUUUAGAACUCAGUUACAGGAAGCCAACAUCUGGCAUCAACAGCAGACAUGUCCAAUUUUACCAGCAAGCUAUUUCCACCAUGAAAUACGGAAGAGGAAAUGGGUUACAUAGAGAAAGCUUUACUUUGGGGCUGUUUUUAAUUAAAUGAAUACUUGAAUAUUGAGUUCUGUUUACAGUAGUAGUCCCAGGAUAAAGAGUUGGCAUGGAAACAGGUUCUACCAACAGGCACAUCUGAUGUUCCUCUGUAAGAAGGAAGGAGCUGAAACAGAACAACAUGUCCUUAUUUUCAAAAUUGCACCCUUCGCUGAAAAGUAAUUUUGUUUUAUGUAUAUGCUGAAGAUUCCUCAGUCCCACUUUGCAUAAUACUGACUACCAAUUUUCAUGUCACAAAGCAUGCGUGUAUGUAGCUGUCUCAGACUUGGAGAAAUCUUCUACUACAGAGGAAUGUGAUAACAACCUCCAAAACCACAUCCGUUAAGUAUAAGUACAGAAGCAUCCUCAGAAAAAAAUCACAUAACUGAGCUGAAGGGGUCUGUACAUGGACUGUUUCUCCAUAAAGUUUGUCAAGUGACUUACUGAAUGUGCACUAAUGGACUGAGCCCUAGUAUGCGUAUACUGUGUGUUCACAUAUCACAUAUUUACUGUACUGCAGACAGUUCUGUGAAGGUAAUCUACUGUACACUGAACUCCUGGGAAAAUAUGGAAGAUCCAUCAUGGGUGGGAGAAUGUUUUUCAGUGUUAACAAGGGAUAAACCAAUGUGUUUUUAGAGCAUAUUUAAAUACUUCUGUGUCAUGUCUUAAUAGGCUCCUCCUCCUUACCCUUCCUGUUAGCUGCAGCACCAUUACACAGAAAAUAGCCAUAGUAUUUAUGUUGCGAGGGAGACAGUAAUGUAGCUGUUUAUCUCUGUCUGAAUGUUCCAUGACCACAUCUGCGUCUUGUAAAAGAAAACUCUACCUUCGAGCAUCUCAAAAUUGUUUCAAAAAAUUCUGGAUCAAGUUAGUAGUUUGGUGUUUUUUUAUUUUUGUACCAGAAUGAAGUGGCCAAAUUCAUAUCAUCCCAGCAUGCAUGAUAUAAAUAUUUACAGGUAUCAUCAUGUAUGGCAAAAUAAACCACACAAAACUUAUCAGUGAAGCCACAAGACCAGUUAUCGCCAGUCUUCUGGGGCUGGCAAGAUGAGAGAAAGUGAGUUUACUUAAAAAACUAAAUUGGAUUUUAUGACAGAAAAUCCCCUGAAAUGUAUUGUAGACUCAUAUUAAAAGUGUAAGAGUAUGUGAGGGUGGAUUUUAUUUUAAAUUCAGUGACAUGUAAAACUCUGGUUGUAUCACUGGUUCCUCAAAUCUUGAAAACAUAAUUUGAUUUUGUUGCCUUGAUCACAUGUUAUUUCUGACAAGAUUCAAUUGUAACUCAGCUGUUAUCGUUGGCUUUAUAAGCAGAACUCUUGGUACAGGAUAGUAUUUUCCAUUGCCAUCAGUGCCAUUUGAAAUGGGCACUAAAAUAUAUUGAACAUGCCCAUUUAUCAAAACAUAAAAUGUAUGUACGAAUUGUUGUUGAUGUAUCUGCUGUAAUAAGGAAUGGAGGAUGAAGCUUUUUGAGAGUAAAACAUUUUUUCGUAAA